ACACACACACACACACACACACACACACACACACACUCACACACACACGGAGAGAGCGAGUGAGUGAGAAAGAGGGAGAGAGAGAGAGACAGACACAGGAGAGGACACGUUCACUGACUGCUCGACAUCCACGCAACUGAUAUUCCUCAUUUCUAUCCGUGAUUUCUGCAGACAUCAUGAAAAGAGAGGUGAAGGCCGGAGUGAACUUCCUCAAACGCCUGGUGGUGGAGCGUGGCAAGCUCGACGAGGCCAAAGCAGAGUUGUUUGCUGAGAAGCUGCAGAAGCUUUUAUGUGACAAAUACGAAAAUCACUGGUACCCUGACUCCCCCAGCAAAGGCCAGGCUUACAGAUGCAUUCGGAUAAAUAAUGGAGUACUGUGUGAUGAAGUGGUUCUGCAGGCGUGUGAGGAGAGUGAGCUCACACCCAGUGAGCUGUGCGUGCUGCCUGAGGUCACAGUCUGGAUCGACCCACUAGAAGUGUGUGCAAGAUCUGGAGAGAACAGCAGGCCCUUCACGAUUGCCAGUUUCAAAGAAAAAGAGGAGGCAGAGGAAGGAGGCGUGAAGGGAGAACAGGAUGAGUCGUCCGUGGAUUCAAUAAACCUGGAAACGUCAGAUUACCACUCAGCUACCUCAUCAGACUGUGGCUCCACUGCGUCGAGUGACACGGAGGAAGAGGCAAAGGAGGGCGAGACGCAGGGCGAGCGAGAGAAAGAAGGGGGAAAGAAGGAGGUCGUCAAGAAGGAGGAUGUUAAGAAGGAGGCGCCUAAAUGUGAUGCCUACACGGUGGCCAUGGUGCCCAGGAUUCGGAAACGACGUGGAGAAGGACCAAAUAAAGUCAAAUACGUCAGAAAUAUGCUUCCUGCAAGCCUCCAGUACUUCUACCACCCUGCACCCGUGUGGCCUCAGUACAAGAAGGCGACUCCGAUGUUCCUCACCACGGUGUGUAUGCCUCCUGCUCCGCCUCCUCCUCCACAGCAGGUAUUUGGCUACUACAUCUUGCCGCAGCCGCCGCCGCAGUUCAUUCUGCCUCAGGCCACUCUGCAGCCGUGGGGAGCUGUGAUGGGUUAGAACCAACCAGCAGCCGAGGGCUGAAGGCGGAUGGAGAGUUAUAAGCUCCUUCGACUGAGCCGCGUCCUAUCAGGUCUGAACUUGGGCCAAAAAGAACAUUUUCCACUGUGUAGUUGUUUCUGUCUUUUUUAAUGCUGGUGAUUGAUUGCUUGUUCUCAGCACAGAGAUGCCACUUGAAUGAAAACUUUAUUUUUCUUUAUGAAUCUGUCAGCUCUUCAAAGCAAUUUUUUUUACAUACUGUACACAUUAAGAAUGACUUCAGUCACUGGGUGCUUAGACUAACUCAGGGACUCUCAGCAAUAUACUCGAUGCCAAAUGAUUGUCUUCCAGCUGUUAUCACAGUCUGUCACUUCUCUCUCCAUGUGUGCUCCACUGUGUGUACUUCACAGUCAAUCAAUGUAAAAUGUGAUUCAGGGUUUUGAUCUAUUGUAGCUCGAUAAGAAAUAUCUAUAUAUGAAGAAUUCUUUCUAACUGCUUGUAAAUAAUACAGUACUUGCAUACGGAGAUAGACUGAUGCACACUUUCUAAUAUCACUUGUAAUUUAUUUGGCCACCAGUAGAUGGCACUCAACUCAAGGCUUAUACAUGAAAUGGUAUAGUUUAUAUUAACAGCAGCUAUGAUGGAUACUCCAAAUCUAACUUAACAAAACAUUGGUUUUAAAUGGCUCCAACUUCCUGCUUUCAAUCAAAAAUGCAUUUUUGUUCGUUAUGUGUUUGCCUCAAGCUUUUUUUUAAAAGAUUUUAUUGUAAAUAACUAUCUCUAUGAAAUCUGCUACCGCUAAAUAUCCUUAUCCUCUCCAUUUACGCUCACUGUUUCCUAUGUACUGAGAUUAUUUUAAUUAUUGUAUGUGUAUGCUGCAUGCAACUUUGACGCUCACCUGCUUGCUUAAAGGGUUGUUUUGCUUUUAAAUUGUGCAUCAGCCAUUUACUUUUUUAUACUGAAGUGGAAUAAAUCAACUUCUAUCUGUGA